GCUCUUCACAAAGACUGUCCUUUCGCAGUUACACCACAAAUUUCACUUCUCAUUUCAAGUGCUGUUUAGCUCCUUCUUAUAUAAAACUCCACACUGUUCAACGAACUAUUAUACCGCACCCUUUCGGUUUCUAAACUUAUAUGCCAUAUAUGGUAGAGCUGAAUAAUUUCUUUCUCUGUAAUGUAAUUUCUAGAAAGGAACUGAUUAUUACCAAGAAAAACAACAAAUUGUCAAACGUGUUUCAUCAUCAUUAUUGUUGUGUGUGUUGCCUGGUCUAGAAAUCUGGUCCCCUGCAAACCAACACCACUGGCAGAGUGUGUAGUAUUCAAUUCAUUGAGCCUUAGUUCUUUGUAAUGACAUCAGAUUCAAAGCUCCCACCCCCUCUCUUUUCCAGUUAGCAGUAGCUUAUUGGUCCAUCAGCCUCGGCAUUAGAGACAAUAACAUUGUCCCUAGACUUGCCCUCAUUCUCGAGUUUACUAUAAAAAGCAGCUGUAAUGACCAAAGUGGUUAAUAGGCUGACACCACUAAGUGGAGGUAACAAGGGGAACUUUAACACUUUCUGUGUAUAUCAGCAUUGCCUUCGGAACUAAGGUGAACUGAAAUCUAAGAAAAUGGAAUCUGAUGCCAGUUUAGUGUCUAGCAGGCCAUCGUCUCCUGAGGUGGAUGAUAUUUUUCUAUCCACAGUCAGAAAAACUGCCGGCUUUUCGGGCACUGUAUCCUCCACACAGAGCGACUCUCCACCGGAGUUAAAUGCAGAAGUCCGGUCUGCUACAAGUCCCGUCGAGGACGGGUGCACCUUGAAAAUGUUAUCGAAGAAAGAUCGAAAGCUUCUCUCAGAGUCUGAAUUGCAGCAAAUGAGGCUGAAGAUCAACAGCCGGGAGAGAAAGAGAAUGCACGACCUUAACAUUGCCAUGGACGGGCUCCGAGAAGUAAUGCCUUACGCGCACGGUCCUUCUGUGCGAAAGCUUUCCAAGAUUGCCACACUUCUCCUGGCGAGAAAUUAUAUCCUAAUGCUGAGUAACUCCCUGGAAGAAAUGAAAAGGCUCGUCAGUGAAAUAUACGGGGGUCACCACAGCGGUUUUCAUCCUUCAGCUUGCGGAACUAUGGCACACACGGGACCUCUACCAGGGCACCCUGCUUCUCACGCAUCUCAUCCUGUUCAUCAUUCCAUUAUCCCGCCAGCCGUUUCAACCGCAUCUCUCUCCGGACCCAGUAUCUCGGCGGUGACCUCAGUUAGACCUCAUCACGGACUCCUGAAAUCUCCUUCAGCCGCCGCAGGACCCCUGGGUAGUAGUUUUCAGCACUGGGGAGCUGGAAUGCCUUGUCCGUGUAGCAUGUGCCAAGUGCCUCCUCCGCACGUCUCCAGCAUGACCUCAGUGAGCAUGCCAAGGCUAACUACUGACACUAAAUGACUUGAUAUUCAGUAAGAUGCGAACUUGUUGAUAGCUGUUUGUACUUUCGCAGGCUACUCACUGGUGUUUCACGUCUACAUCGAGACGUACAACAUAGACGUUUGUUCUGGUCUUGAAACUUGUAGUUUAUUUUCUUGUUAAGAUUUGUAUGUACAGUAGUACAGAUUCCAGGGGCUUGAUUAUUAAUUGAAAUCUCCUAACAUCACUUUUUUUUCUUUUUUUUUUCCAAUAUCGACGUCCAUUCGUGUUCUAAAUCAAUGUUUUGGCGAAGAGAAAAAAUAUAUAACCGAUUAUAUUAUAUAAGUAGAAUUCACUUUAAUUUGACUACCUUAUUUUAUAAACUUCAAUAGGAAUUUUAAUAGAAGAAAAAUAGCUCUAUGCUUACAGGCUUAUACCGUAGAAGACAACACUAAGAUGUUUUUUUUCAUCUUUUGGACUACUUGUGCAAUUAUUGUUUUCUUUCAGAAAGUUUUUCAUGCAUGUUCAAAUAUCGACUACAGUACGUCGAAUUUGAAUAAGUACUUGAAAAAACACACAAUUGUAAAUUAAUAUUUUGGUAAACGCAAAUAGUUCACUUUAUUCCUUGUAACACACCACUGUUUCCCUUACAGUUCUUUAAGAAAAUCUAAUAAUAUGUAAAUAUAGUAUAGAAACAGAACUCAAACGAAAAUACAAUGGAAUCUAAUUUGUAUUAAAUAACUUUUAUGUUACUUUUGCUGCAAUGGAAUGUAUUUCCUUUGUGUCUCUGCUAAUUAGUUUGCUUUGUUAACGUUUGUAUCAAGUAUACCAUCUUGUUUUUCUUUUUUUAUUUUGUCAUUAUUAAGAUAAAACGCAUUCAAGUACACUGCUUGACUGAUGUCAACACAGUAUUUGACCCGUUUAGUGUUUGUAAAGCAUGCCAUUUUCACUGCCAGUCAAAAAGAAUUACCGCCUCUUUAUUUUUUAUAAAAAGUGCUAAAUAAUAUUUAUUAUUUCACUGGGACUUUAAAUGAGUGAUGAAGUGUUGCGAUUUUAAAUAAAAAAAAUAAAGUUUUUUGUA